GUCGCGGCAUCGUCCCCGCCAACUCUUCAACUGUUCCCCUCCUCCUCAGGCUUCCCAGCAAUCAAGAGAACUUCCUUCUCAGUCACUCUUUAGCCCCCUCAGUCACUCAUUACCCCUGUCACUCUCUCGAACCUGCCCUUCCAGCUUCCCCAAUCCCACAUCCCCCUGGUACCCAGCCUUGCCUUGCAGAACGCGGCUCACUACUCGCUACGAUGCGGUCCACUCUCGGCAUGUACGGCCUGGCCCUGGCCUCCCUGGCCUCGCUUGCCUCGGCCGCCAUCGGUGUCAACUCGGCCGAUGCGGACCUGUCGAUACGGGCCGUGAGCGAGCUUGAGGGCACCGGUGCCUAUGGUGCAGUCACAAGCGCCAGGGAUUCCCGCGGCCAUGAGGGCCAUGUCUACGUCUUCGACAAGAGGAACAAGCCGAGCGGUCAGACCCUCGACGAGCGCGACGUCAAAUACGUGGAGGUGGAUAUUGAGGUUCCCUGGCCGACGGGUGCCACUGUCGGUGCUCGGUUUGACGUCACAGUCGACUUUUUGGUGACGGAUGUGGACUCGCACUACCUCGCGUCAACGACCACCUCCUCUGGCACACUGGCGGGAUGUGACAUGCACAUCUUGGCUACAUGGGGUCCCGACACCCAAACGCGGCCUGGAUCUUCGGCGCCCGCGUUUCCCCGUGAGCUGUGGUACGGCGCAACCCUGAUUCCACGCGAGGAAAAGAUAGAGGGGCAGUACGACACGAACGCCGGCUCCACCGUUAUUGGCCCGGCUCUCACUAUUCCACCGAACUUUGAGGACGAUUCGCAACAACUCAUCGUCCACAUCAGACAGGUUUGCGUGACACCGACGACAACGGGUGGUACGGACCCGAGGGUCAACGACUUCAUGAUCACGAGGGUUCGGUCUUAUCUCGCGGUCCCGGUCCCGGAGCCCGAGUCGACCACCACCAGCUCUACCACCUCUACCAGCGCUACCAGCACCACUGAUGGCCCGGAAACCACCGAUGGUCCCGUUACCACUGAUGGCCCCGUUACCACCGAUGUCCCUGAGACUACUGAUGGCCCUGUUACCACCGAUGGACCUGAGACCACCGAUGGCCCCGUUACCACCGAUGGGCCUGAGACCACCAGCACUGGUGAGCCGACUGGGCCGUCGAGCACCCCCACCGGCGACAUGAACACGACGAGCCCGACCACGACGGGUGGCCCUGUCCCGACCGGUACUGUUCUCCCUGGCCCGCGCCGCAUUGGUGACUACGCGUACGCCGGAUGUGCCAGCUCGCCGCCCCCGUCGGCUGGCACCUCGCCUUUCGUCCUUGCCGCCACCCGCGCCGACAACAGCCUAGAUGUUUGCGCCGGCAUCUGCCAGGGCCAGAACAAGACUAUGUCGGGUACCUCUGGAGCUGACUGCUACUGCGGCAACGGCGACGCUGCCACCCUGAGCACCGUUAGUGAUGCGUCGUGCGACAUCCCCUGCCCUGGAAACCCUGCCCAGUCUUGCGGUGGCCGUCUCACGGUCGGCAAGCGCCACCUCCAGGCCCGCCAGGCGCCGCCCUUUGGAGUGCUCCUGACCGUCUACGUCUUCGCCCCUGUCGAUGACACCACCACCACUAUCUCUCCCCCCUCGCCCACCGGCAGCGGCACCACCAUCAACAACAUCAACAACAUCAACAACACCAACAACAACGUCAACAACGUCAACAUCAGCAUCAUGAUUCCCGUGACCUGCCUCCCCGGCGCCUGUGAGACCGAGGUCUACUACGAGCGCGUGUGCGAAGUCUGCAAGCCCGAGGAGCCGGCCUGGAGGCCCAUCAAGUGCGCCGGCGACGCCUGCGUCAACAAGCCCGUCUGCCGCCCCGAGCCCGCCCCCAAGUGCGUCGACGACUGCUGGGUCGAGACGCCCUGCACCGUCUGCGACGGUGGGGUCGUCUACAAGCCCAAGGCCGAGGGCCAGGCCGCCGCUCCCGAGCACGUCAUGCCUGCCCCUGCCGACAAGACGGCUGCUGCCCCCAUGCCCAUCUACACGGCCGGCGCCCGCGCCAUCGUCGCCAACAUGGGCUCCCUGGUCGCUGCCCUGGCGCCCAUGGCUGUUGUCUUCUUCGCCUAAGCUGGCCUCUUGACCGUUGUGUCCUCUCAUGGACGUGUGGUGUUGUGUUGGUGUUGUUUUUUUUUGUUGGGAUACGAAAUCGGAUGUGUAAUACGCGUGCAAUCCUAACGAGGCUUGGAGCUUGGCAUAUUUUGUUCGUUCAGGGGAUUGGGGCAACAAUUCAUUCACAAUAGUCACUUAUAAUUAAUACUGGGAUUGCACUUUUUUCGCAAAAUGAC